AUGGCAGACAUUGAGGACGCUAGAUUUGACGAUGCCGAGGAGGAAGAGAAGGUCGAGCAAAGCAGGUCCACUGGCGUCGUGACAGUCCCCAACGGAGAUGCCGCCGCCAAUCACACCAACGAGGUGGUGGGCGAGGACGGCGAGUACGAGGAAGGAGAGGAGUACUACGACGACGAAGAAGAAGACGAGGACGAUGACGACGACGAGGACUACUACGACUUUGGCAUGCGUGCGGGCAACAAGGACUUUGCCGCCACCGCCAACCGUGCCUACCAGCCCACCGACACCAUCAUCGCCCAGAAGCUCAACAACCGAAUGCACCUGGAGGAUCUGCAUGGCAGCAUGGAUGUGCGCAAGAUGCCCAACUCGGUCUCGUCCGUCAUCAAGGAGUCGGACAAGAAGGACGCCUCCCAGAGAAUGCGGGUGCGCGAGAAGAAGGACCGCGCCACGUCGGAGCAGGUGCUCGAUCCGCGAACGCGGCUCAUCCUCUACAAGAUGCUCAACCGCGAAGUCAUCAUGGAAAUCAACGGCUGCAUCUCCACCGGAAAGGAGGCCAAUGUGUACCACGCGGUGGGCAAGGAGAGCGAGCAGCUGGCGGUGAAGGUCUACAAGACGUCGAUCCUGGUGUUCAAGGACCGCGACCGCUACGUGACCGGCGAGUUCCGCUUCCGCAAGGGCUACGCCAAGCACAACCCGCGCAAGAUGGUGCGCCUCUGGGCCGAGAAGGAGUACCGCAACCUCACCCGAUUGGUGCAGGCGGGGAUCAACUGCCCGACGCCGCUGGCUCUGCGCAUGCACGUCCUGGUGAUGACCUUCCUCGGCAAGGACGGCUGGCCGGCACCGAAGAUGAAGGAAGCGGUGCUGAGCACCAACAAGUGGCGCGAGCUGUACGUGCAGUGCAUCCGCAUGAUGCGCACCAUGUACCAGCAGUGCCGUCUCGUCCACGGCGAUUUGUCCGAAUACAACAUCCUGUAUGCGCUUCCCCUCUGCUGUGCCGCACACGCCGGCACUCACCCUGUUUCCCGCGUGUGGUACUACAAGGGCGAGCUGUACUUCAUCGACGUCUCACAGUCGGUCGAGCACGACCACCCGCACGCCCUCGACUUUCUGCGCCUGGAUUGCAACAACAUCACGCUGUGGUUCUCCAAGCACGGCGUGCCGGCCAUGACCACGCGCGAGCUGUUCGAGUUCGUGACCGACCCCACCAUCAACCAGUCCAACAUGGACUCCUACCUGGAAAAGAUGAUGGCGACGGUGGAGCGGCGUAUGGAGGAGGGUAUGACCAACGAGGAGGAGAUCGCCGAGGAGGUCUUCAAGCGAUCCUUCAUCCCUCGAACGCUCGAUGACGUGAUCGAUGCAGAGCGGGACAUCUUUGAAAAGAAGGGCAGUGGAGCGGUCAGCGACAUGCACUACCAGGGCGUCACCGGCAUGCGGCAGGAUCUCUCGGGCGCCUCCACGGUUCCCUCGAUUCUGGAGGGCGACCAGACGCCGACGACGACGGAGCCCGCGACGGACUCGACGGCGGUGAGCGGGAGCGACACGGAGGACGGCGACUCGGAGGAAGAGGGCGAAGGCGAAGGCGAGGAAGGGACCGAGGGCGGCGAGCUGUCGAAGAAGGAGCGCAAGAAGCUGGUGAAGGAGGCCCAGCGGGAGAAGCGGAAGAACAAGAUCCCCAAGAAGGUCAAGAAGCGAAAGCAGAAGCAGGCCAAGCAGGGCAAGAAGAAGUGA